AUGAACUUGACACUGAGCUCCAAGCCUGGAUCAUUCCUUGCCAACAGCUCUCCCGGCAUGAUAGGUUACCCCAAGACUGCCUUUAUUCCGCAAGACUUUUGGCCGGAGACUGACAAAGACCAAGAUAACAGCUCCCUCCUCACACGGGGCACCAACUUCAGCAGCAACCCGAAUGCCUCUCUUACGCCUACUAUCGGGUACGACCCGCUUGGAGGACAUUCCGUCUGGCAGGUCGUCAUUAUUGUGCUGCUGACGGGGACUUUAUCCGUGGUCACCAUUAUUGGAAAUAUUUUGGUUCUUGUUUCGUUUAAGGUUAACAAGCAGCUAAAGACGGUGAACAACUAUUAUCUGCUCAGUCUCGCUUUCGCCGACCUCACCAUUGGCGUCCUGUCCAUGAAUCUCUACACCACGUAUCUCAUCAUGGGACAGUGGGCUCUUGGAAACUGGGCUUGUGACCUGUGGCUGGCAAUCGACUACGUAGCAAGCAACGCCUCCGUCAUGAACCUGCUGGUGAUUAGCUUUGAUAGAUACUUUUCAGUCACGAGGCCGCUUACAUACAGAGCCAAGCGGACCACCAAGAGAGCACUGACCAUGAUUGGCCUGGCAUGGUCCAUUUCCUUUGUUCUCUGGGCACCCGCCAUUCUAUUCUGGCAGUACUUUGUCGGGCAGCGGACAGUCCCUCCUGGAGAGUGCUACAUCCAGUUCUUGUCGGAGCCUAUCAUCACAUUCUGCACUGCGAUUGCCGCGUUUUACCUUCCCGUCACCAUCAUGACCGUGCUUUAUUGGCGUAUCUACAAAGAGACAGAGAACCGGUCUAAAGACCUGGCAGGAUUGAAGGGAUCUGGAAACCAAGUCAAGCCAGGCAGUGAGGAGGAAUCUGCUGCCAUGAUGCCAUCCACGGAAAGUUCUCACAGCUGCACCAGCGCCUCCAUGAACCAGCCGAACAAGAAAGAAUCAAGGUUGCGAAAGGGAGCGAGGCUCUUUCAGUUUUGGCCACUGGGUCGUCGCAAUCAGAAGGGUGGUACCAGCACUGACCUAGAACACAGCAGUAGUGAUAGCUGGAACAACAACGAUGGAGGGGUUUCAAUCGACCAGUCUGAUGAAGAGGAAGAAGAGGGUGCAGAAAACAAAGCCGUCUACUCGAUUGGGAUGGACCUUCCUACACCGAAUGCAGAUGGCAACUCUGAGACAUCUAACCAAGAACAUCUGAAGCCAGAAAACACUUCUGCAGGAGGACUUUCUCAGAAAUGCUUUUCCAAAAUCCCAACUCAAUCCCUGCCCAGUAUGGUAAACUCCAAACCUUCUGGAAGCUCUUCUGGCUCGAAAUCUCAAUCAGGACAGAAUGACAACACGAAGAAGCAGUCUGUCUCAAAGGCCAAGAAUCUGACCAACAAGGGCAAGAAGGUAUCGCUGGUUAAAGAGAAGAAAGCAGCACAGACGUUGAGCGCCAUCCUUCUGGCCUUCAUCAUCACCUGGACUCCUUAUAACAUCAUGGUCCUGGUUAAUACUUUUUGCGAUGACUGCAUUCCCGAGACUCUUUGGGCCUUGGGGUAUUGGCUCUGCUACGUCAACAGCACGGUGAACCCCAUGUGCUACGCACUGUGCAACCAAAACUUCCGCACCACCUUCAAAAUGAUCCUGCUUUGUCAGUGGGACAAACAAAAACAAAACAAGCCACCGGUCCAGCAGAGGCACCCAGUAGUGGCUUAUAGGAAGAAGGAUCUCCUGUAGACACGACACUGGAUGUUAGAUUUACGAGUGUAGACUGUUACAGACUCCGGACCUUUUUACAGGUGCCAGUGUAUAAACGUGCCAUACUGGGGACCACAAAUUGUUUAUUAUAAAGAAUUAU